GUAAGUUAAUAUGUAAAAGAAAAAUAUAUCUAAGGCAUUGACUUAGAACAAAUCUUAAAACUAGACAGGAUCACUCUAGGAAUACAUUUCUCAGUCCCACAUAUCAUGAAGUAGGAAUCAAUGGGUGAAAACUCCAAUUAACUCUUAAUCAGACUGGUUAUAUAUAGGUAUAUAUAAAAACAAAGUCUAAAGCUUGACCAAGAGACAAUUCAUAUCUCUAACUUCUGAUGAAUUCAACGCACAUCAGCAUCUAUUGAAUAUUCACGAAACCUUGUUCAAAUAAACCAUAGUCAUCGGAAAAGCAUUACAAAAGCAUCAGUUCAGACUGCAAGACUACAGUCAGUCUGUCACUUACACCAUGGAUAUGAUGAGUGAUAAGUCCUGACUUGCACAUAUAUUCAAAAUCUGCUUAUAUUUCUCAAUGCAGUGAAGGGCACAACUUAUUCCCAGACUCCACUAUGUUAAAAGUCAAAGUGAUUGAAAAGUACACUCAAGCCACCUCAAAUAAUUCACUAAACACGUCUUAAGCUAAAUUUAAAAGCAAAGCUUUCUGAGGAAACACCUCUAGUUGAAAUUACGAGAUAUUUGUUCUAAAACCUUCAACAUCAUAAAUUUGCUUGGACUUCUCAAAAUAUCCCAAAGUCAAAAUUUCAUAAAAUCAAUGGGUACACUUCUUUUUACAAUUUACAAGAGUCACUGUGAAAAAGUGCAAUGACUUAACCCCAGAAAAGAUACACAAUAGUUAAAUUACAUGUAUGAUAUAAAUAGGAACUCAAACUUACCUAAGAUAGAGAGCCAGCACUCGUGAACAUAAGGGGAAGACUUGGAUUUUUAGGUCCUCUAGUCCGAAGAAAAAUAGUGCAGAGUGCAGAAAAAUUGGUGAGCACAAUGGCAAAGUUUUGAAUGCCAGGCUUGCCAAAACUCUGGGGCAAACUGCCACCCAGAACAUUCCAUUGCCACAUGACCAGCUCAGGCUGUCAUUGGACAACUUUAAAAAAUGUCACACAUGACUCCAAUACUGAUUGGUCAUUUAGUAUCUAGGCAGAUGAGCACUCAGGAGAAGUUUAUGGCUUUCACAGCUUGGGUAAGGUAUGAACAACAACUAGGGAUUAAGUGUCCCAACAUCCUACUGAUCUCCUGAAAAGUUAUUUGGGAGUGUACACACAGUGGUGUACCAUAGAGCUAGCUCUAUGGGUGUACUAGUCAGAGAUUAAAGGCAGUGGAUACAAAGAGCAGGAACAUUAAAGAUAAACUGAAGGAAGGGCAGGCUAUUUGACAAAAGGAAUGGGCAGUAGAUCAAAGGUUCAACUCUGGAACACUGCUUACCAGUGGAAAAGGCAAAAGCUCAGGAAAGAACAAUUUAAAUAUGCAAAAGGAAAACAUAUUCAUAAAGAAAUAAAAUUUGAAAUUGCAACCCAAGACCUCUUUUGGGAUGGGGUUACACUGGUUUGGGUUGGUUAUUGUGACAGAAUGUGAUGUUGGCAGGUGUGGGUAGGUUAUUGUGACAGAAUGUAAAUGUAUCUUUAUGUUAGUGCUGUUAACCUGUACACAUGGAGCAGAGGUGUAGAAGUGUUCACGUGCAUGUACGUGUACCACAUGCCAUAGUGUACAUGUACAUGGUGUAUUUGACCUGUGCUCCACAGGAAGUAUGGUACAUGUACCAGUAAACCCUUUGAGCAAGGUACUGUACAUGUACACCCGGUUAUAAUACAUGUCGUACACGGUACAUGUAGCUACUACAAUGUUCAUGUACGUUGCUGGUACCAUGGCAACCAUUCAUCUAACAAUAGAAUGUACUGAUACUUGAUAUUAAAAUCUGGUCUUCAUUCUAACCAAUCUCUAUGAUUCUACAACCCAUUGUGCGUGUGUCUUUCUUUGAGUUGGUUGUGGUUUUAUAUUUUGAGCAGGAAAAUUAGUAAUGUCAUUAGAAUGAGAUCCAAUGCUACAUGUACAUUUACACGUAGUCCUACAUGUACAGUCUCAACUCCAAUAGACCGUACCGUAUAUUCUAUUCUACAUGUACGUUGUCUUUUCUACCCCUCUGACAUGUACAUGUAGAUUUUUACCAGGGUCCCCCAUGACCUUUUACAACAGAUUGGUGAACACAUGUGCUUGCUGGAGAGUACAGCGUAUUUGAUGUGUAAACAACAUUGACCUCUGUGCAGUGUAAUAUGGCAUGGGAAUAAAAGGACUGGAACAUGUGAUGUUGUCAUCGACUUGGGAAUACCCUAAGCAUUCAUUUUGCAUACAACGUUCAUGUACAGCCAGCAUAUUUUCACACCUGUAGAUGUCAACUGUUAAAUUUAUCACUAUCCAGUCAUUUACACACAUGUAUUAACUGUAUCUACUUGUAGCAUGUCUUCAUCAAGAUCUAAUACGAGUUCAGAGUUUCCUUCCAUGGGUUCAGCUGCUGGGAGACCAGCACAAGGGUCAGCAGCAUUUACUGCCACUUUCUCUCCGAGAAUAUUCUCACGCCCACAGAGCAGAACUCAACAGACACCUCAGGGUAGAUACCAUAGCACAUCUCAUAGCAGUCAGUUCAACACACCCCAGACCAGACAACCCAACACAACCCAGGGUAGACAACAAGAGCCGGGUAUUAGCAACAGAAGCCAACCUUUCCAGCCACUUGACAAAGACGGGGAGGUCAGCAUGGUGUGUGAAUCCUGCUCUGCCAAUUUUACCAUCUUUAAAAGAAAGAACCGAUGCAUGGACUGUUCUAAGCUGUUCUGUACCAACUGCAUGAGCAAGGAACCUCGGAAGUGCUGUAAAACAUGUCAUAUGUUCAUUGGUUCUACAGAGAGGAGUCAGCUGAUGCAGUUUAAGGUGAAAGACCUGCGUCAGUAUUUAGCUGCACGGAAUAUAAAUACAGUGGCCUGUCGUGAAAAGGGUGAAUUAGUCGAUUUGGUGGUGCAGUACUUAGCAACACGAAAUGGCAGUAAAUUUACAGUCACCGUUAACAAUUUAGAAGAGGAGGUACAGCCCAUGCCAACACCUGUUACCAAUGAGGCUGUAAGGGCUGAGAGAGGACCAAGCAUAUCAGAGCUUCGUAGUUCGCAGACACAAGUCAGUGAUACUAGACCACAGCCAAACCGGGGACCCGUCAGGCAAACGCAUGAUGAGCCAGACAUAGGUAUAACAAGGAAUACAUGGGUGGAAGGAUCUAGUGCUAGUAGCUCAGAGGCUGAGCGUAGUCCUGUUGUAAGCAUCUCAAGCCCUGAAGAUGAACCUAGUAGCACUACAGCCACUCCAGAGCAACCUAAACCAGCCCCAGCAAGGCAUCGAACAUCUAUCAGCGAUCUCAAGACAAUAGAUGAAAUAGCUGAUCUGACCGUGCGACAGCUUAAAGAAAUUCUUAUACUAAACUUUAUCAACUAUAAAGGCUGUGUGGAACGCUGGGAACUGGAAGAAAGAGUCCGAAGGUUAUACACGGAGAAAGAGGGCUUUAAGAUCAAAGAGCAAGCUGCUGCAGCAAGAACCAGUUCUGAUGCACCUAAAGCAGCUACAGUUGAACAUGAAGAGGAUAACACCUGCAGGAUCUGUAUGGACUCUCCAAUUGACUGUGUACUAUUAGAGUGUGGUCACAUGGUCACAUGUACCAAGUGUGGUAAACAAUUGGCUGAAUGUCCCAUGUGUCGUCAAUAUAUCAUCCGAGCUGUGCAUGUUUUUCGCUCAUAAAACCCGUUGGUCAAUUGCCUUGAAUGUUUCCAAAGGCUGUGUUGAUGUAGCACAGUGGUUUUAUUAACAUUGGCCAUUUUGUGCAUGAACAGUUUAGUAGAUCAGCUAGAUGCACAGAAACUGUUACAUGAUAUUUAAUCUACAUAGGGCACAAUUAAUCCAUCUGAGAUGGAAGUCAAAGUUGUAAAAUCUCUGUGGAGAUGCAAGAAAAUGCAAGGUGUAAAACAUGGUUGAGGUUGUUAGUUUUGCCUGUAAUUGAAAUCACAUCUUACGUCUUAAUUGAAAGGAUUCUCCUCAGGUUUGAUGAGCAACAGGGUCAUUCUGUAAAUUCAGGGUACAAAUGUGCAACAUUUUUGUGUCCGUUACACCUGACCUGUGUAAUUUUCAAUG